AUGUUCAAGCCUACGUCACCCCUUCUCGGGGGUCUCCUCUGGAAAAUCCCCUGGCGUCUGUCGCGCACUCAGAAGGCACGGCAACGGAAGCGCCUCCGCCACGUCGACCAGGUCAUUGACACAGUGAGCGCGGCCCUCAGGAACAAUGGCAUGCCACAGAUCAAGACCAUCGAGCGGUGGUACGCGGAGAUGCCCCGGGAGCAGGAGAUGCUGCCCCGAGACAAGUACACCAUCUACGACCGGAAGGAACGGAACUAUCGCAAGGGAAUCCAUAGUGAGUGCCCCUCCAACGGCUCGCCCCGAUGUGAGUCUAGUUAG